AUUAUCAUCAUAAUGUUUUCGCUGCAUUGAAACAAUUUAACCCUCCUCCCCUCACCACUUAGGUUUUAUAGUCAUGAAUCGGAAUAAAGUUGAUCUCGGCCGACGUAGUACAAAGUACAGUUACUGUACAAAGCUUUACUCAGUGUUACGUAAAUGACGACAAUUCAAUAAGCCUCACGGUCUUCUACAUCGCACUCCUAUACAUUUUUACUUUACAGAAAGUUAAUAGGUGGCAACACAAAACGACAGGAAAAUACCCAAGUAAAUCAUCCUUACCUCUCUUAUAACAUUUUUCUUUUCUUUUCUUUUUUUUUUUAAUUUUUCUUUAAGCUGAACACAAUUUACCAAGAUUCUUCCAUCGGGAGCAAGAUAAUCACAAUCAAAGUUGUCAGAAUAGAAUUAGUGGAAAAUGGAGUAAGUUAUAUUUUUACGUCAUUGAGCCAUGGAAAUUGAGAGCUCUACCUUUGAUUAUUUGGAUAACUAUCUGUUUUUGCUAUUUCUUUUAGCUUGAUUAUCCACAACCUGGAAACAGAGCAAAAAUUGAAACCCUCAAAAAAUGGACCGAAGAGAACAUUGAGAAGCCCAGACUUGCCAAGAUUGAUGUUGUAUCGCUGAUUUCAAGGUAACAAAAUAAACAUUAAAGACAGUUCGUGUAUACGUUUUUUUUCUUAACUACAGCUAUGACAGAAAAAAACCGUAAGUUUAUUUUCUAUUAUUGCACUACACUAAAUAAGUCUUCUGAAGGCUUUGACAGAUUGUGGUCGCAACAGUAUACUAUAUCAUGUAAAUAUGCUAUUAGAAGUGCUCGACGUAUAUUUCUACAAUUGUGACAGUAAUUAUGCUAGUUUUUGUAAAUUAUGCUCGUUUUAGCAAAAAAUGCAGAUAUCAAAUAUGCUUCUACUUUUUACUUUAAAUUUGGUAAAAAUGCCUUAACUUUGUCGCAAACAAGUAAAUGGCAAAGUCAUUUAAUAUCCUAUUUACAUCUAGACACUUUAAGAGUGCAUAAUUCAUUGUCUGCCAACUAUAAAAACUCAAACAAUCAACAAGGAGCACGUCAACGCCAUCCUAGGUAACCGAGCUAGUUAUGCGCAUGCGUUGAGUCUUAUGGGAAGAUUUCUUCAGACAAAAAAGUAAUUUUGUCACUUAAAUUUGUCUGUAACACUGAUCUCGGGCUAAAAACAAUUGGUUGCAUGAUCAAUAAAUGACCAUUUUGUGAUGCAAAAACAGCCAAAAGUGGAAAUUAUGCUAGCAGUGCUUUUUUCGCAAAAUUGGUGAAAAUUAUGCUCGUAAUUACGAACUAUACCAAAACUUAUGCCAGCACAAUCUAUCAAAGCCCAGCCUUCUCACGCAGUACACAGUGCGUUGAACCUGCUAAAACAUUGACGCAAUUAAUGAAUGAACUCGUUUUAUUUGUAACGUCUAUAUUGAAGCAUUGAAUGCCUCUCACUUUUCAUUUUCUCUUGCUUUUACAGAGGAGACGUAGGAGGUAAGUCAGUUCUAUAAUAAUAUAUAGCUGUGAUAACUUUGAGAUGAUGAUGAUGAUGAUGAUGAUGAUCAUGAUGAUUGUGGUGAAGUCCUUUUCACGAUAUGGUUAGCCUUCUUAAGGCUGUCUUCCGAUAGAGUGCAGAAAUUUAUUCUGUCGUCUCCAACGUUAAUCUGCAAUCAGUGUCAAUUUUUCUGCAAAAACUGAUGAGAAAUCACAGUUGUUUAAACCAAUCUUACCAACAACACAUUAUUUAAACGUUACAGUGUUUACAAGGCAUGACUUCAAGUAUCUAGAAUGAUAUCUCUUCGGUCAGUGACGCAGGUGACUCAGAAACAAUCUCCCAAGGUGGAGUCGAACUGACUUUUCUGUAACCUUUUUGGUUACCAGUCCCUGAGCUUGCCACUGAGUCAUUGAAGACUCGCAGAAGAUAAGUUCGUUAAAUUCGGUCUAUGCGUGAAACAUCCAUACUGCUAAACUUGCAUUGUUACUAGUCCGAUAACUUUCUGUGCACUGAAUAUACAUCGGCCAUCAGUAUUAAUGAUAUCACUAUAAUUUCACUUUGCUUCAGGCAUGGCGGACUAUAAUUCAAUAUGUAAGAGGACAAGCUACACGGUAAACAAUGAUAUGGGUCUUUCAACAGUACUCAUCCUUGCCCAUGAAACUGGACACACGUAAGUCAAAGAGUUAGCAUCGAUCCAUGCAGAUAGAUUAAACACUCAGAUCGAUUUAGGUUUCUGUGAAACCUACCUCGUACCCCUCCCCUAAGCCAACAUUUCGCCCUAAGUGAGAAGUUUUCCAGAAACCACAUUCGUAAUAUAUGCUAUUUUAAACAAAAUGUUAUACUACUUUUUUUAAAACGGUUAUCUUUACUUAUUAAGUCUCGUGAGCCUUCUGAUAUAGUUUCAAGGCGUAUUCCUUGCUCUACUUUUUUAUUUUAUAGAGCCAAUUCUGCUAAAAAAAAAUACUUAACAAUUAAUGAAUGAGGCUGAGUAUCUUAUGAAGACUUAUGGAGAUCGACGAGGGUGUUACGGCCUCGAUGGAUAACAUCCCCCGAGAUCUCCAUAAUUCUUCAUAUGAUACGAAAGCCGAAGUCAAUGAAUUGUUUUAUUAUUCAUUCAAAAUAAUUCCUAGUAUAAAAACAUGGCUAAAACAUGCUUACCUCCAUCGAUCAAUCGAUGUUAAGUUCAUCUUCAAUAGUGCGGGUUUAGGGUUGUUCAGCUCCGCAAAUAUUCUCCAAAUAGCAGAUGUCGCCCUUCGAGUUGUCUUCUUGCUGUUCUUGCCAUGUUUUACGCUAUUUUUUGCCUAGUUCUUACUCUUGAAACGAGUCAAAUGUCCGCCAUUUUUCCAGUUCGCGACCAAAACAACUUAACCUCGUCCCCAGGUCUUCACGGUUAACGGUGCAUUAACCUGCAAAAACGUUGCAUUUUUGACGUCAUUUUCUCGCUAAACACACAAUCUUUCCAAAUUUGGUCAUCAGUAACUGGUUAUGGUGAAUUAAACGUGUGCUGUUAGCCAGUCCGAAUCGGGCAAAUAUUUUGAAUGAAUAAUAAAAUAUUUUAGUACCUCCAAGAGUUCAUUAACAGACAUCAUUUUGCACAAUGAGCCCUGUUAAUCUCCCCUGUUUGAAUAUUGUUAGAAAUAAAUCUUAUGCAUUCUUCGAAGCAAUUUAGAUUUCUGAGAAAAUGUCCAAAUACCCCUUCCCUAAGCCAACAUUUCGCCCUUAGUGAGAAGUAAGUGUUAAUGUUGGCUUAGGGGAGGGGUAGGUGGGCAGUUUCCCAGAAACCUAACUUGAUCCCAUACUCUUAAUGUUUAAGGCUGGGAUUGGACCAUGACGGAAAGACUAGUGACUGCCCUGAUGGUAAAUACAUCAUGUCUACAGCGGUGCCGGGAGGAGGAGAGGCUGCUACGUGGUCUCCUUGCAGUAAAAGAAAGAUGGAGUCUCUUCUAAGGUAGAGCAAGCUAUUUCACUUUUUUUUAUUUUGACUUAGAAAAUGUUUUAGCCAUGCACAUCACCUCUAAAUUGUUUUUCCUCAUUCUCUUUGUUUCUAGUAUCUAUACCAUAUUUGUAUAGGUAAUAACAUGAUUUGUAUUUAGUAAAAAUACCACGAGUGAUAUUUCGAAAUUAUUCAAAAUUCUCGAGCCGUUAGGAUAGUAAAAUUUGAGACAAUUUUGAAAUAUCCCUCGUGGUAUUUAUGCCAAACAUCACGUGCAAAUCAUGCUAUUAUUUGUUUAUACUACUACCCUCACAAGUUUCUAAUUUUCACAUGUAGGCAUUUCAAAUUAAGCUGAAAGGCACUCAGGAGAAAUACCACUGCUCUAGGCCAAUCAAAUUGCAGAAAUUUCUCAUGUAGUAGUAUAAACUAGAUUAAACGCGGCGAAACAACUGUGACCGACCAAACGGUGUGCCGGAUAUUACGGUCCAAAUGGUCCAGUGUGGAAUUGGGCGAAAUAAAAAAAUAAGAUGCUUUUCCUAUGGCAUAUAGCAGUAGAAUUCCCUAGUCAGCGUGAUUGGUUUAAUUCUAAUCUCUACCCAGAUGUCUUGCCGAAGAAGAAAUAUUUAUAUUUAUUUGAACAAACUCUACUGAAGACUUCGCAAAGAAUGAAUUACACACGCCAUAGCGCGCGCAGAUGGCAAUACUCACGUCAUUCGCUUGAAAUCUGGCCGAUCAAAAAAAUUGAAUUUUCCUACUGAACAAGAUCACGCCUUCGGCCUUGUCAGCAAGAGAUCUGGGUACGAGAUUAGUUUAAUUCCACACAAAAAAAAUAUAUAAAAAAUCAGUCAUUGCCAUUUGUUAGCCGACCUCCAGCCUGUCUUACUGAUGGAAUAGGGGCCAGAGUUACCUACACGAAAAGCUUCAACAACAAGCUGCCAGGAAAAGCUUUGAAUGCAGACAUGCAGUGUCAGUUACAAUACGGACAUGGAUAUCGCCAGUGCAAACAGAAACAGGUGAAUAUUUAAAAAGUAUAAGAGCCUGCAAUCUUCUCUUUAAUCGACUAGGUCUUUCAACGAAGGAAGGAUGUCGUACAGACGGCAUAAACUAAAACAAGCCUUAUAAGGGACGGCAGAACAUUUUUCCAGGAGGAGGCGGGGGGGGGGGAGGCUAACAAGUAACUUAAAUGGGAAGGGUUUAUAGACUCUUUUCUCAAUUGGGUUUUAAUUUUUUUGGACAAAGUGGGGGACGUAGACUAAUGCUCAGCACCCCUCCGGAAUCCGCCAUCCCUGAUCUUCUAGGCCCCUUGCACACACAUCUGUGGCCUAUUUUACCUGGAAAAGAAUAUUUCUACUGUCUUUGUUUUCAACAUAUAGAAACUAAAUGUUUUCAUCCUUAGAGUGUUGUCCGCUUCUGGUUAUUUUUAAAAUAGGGAUAUUUUCAUCCGGAUUAACCCUCAGUCACUUUAAAAGUCUCACAUGUCAAAAUAACAAGUUAUUGGGUUCAUGAUAAAUGAAGCCUUUCGCAGCAAAACAAAAAAACGGUUUGAUAUUUCAUCGGUGUUUAUAUAAUAAAUAGAACAAUGUUACAUGGCCGCCUGGAGAGACGAAAUUUUUCUUCACGUGUAAAAUAUUUCACUCGUUCGGAGCCUCGGCACGGUAAUGUAAUAUUCUUUACAUUCUUUAACACGUCCUUCAAAUCCUCAGAUAUCAACCCGUAUUUUUUUCAGAAUUUGUUUAACAAUCAGAUUAAUUCCUUUAUUCUCGUGACCUUUAUGUUUAAUUAUUCAUGUGAUAUUUUAUGGAGAAGUUAGAUGCUAGGCCUUUGCAAGUUAUUAGUUAAAUUCCGUUGUUGCUGUUGUUUAAUAUUUAUUUUCCUAAUCAUUUUUUAGUCUGACUGUGCUUCGCUGUUCUGCACAGCGGACGGAUACCAUUGUCUAAGUAAAAUUGCUCCUCCUCUGGACGGUACCUAUUGCGCACCAAGACACGUGAGCACUUUUUUUACUUUUCACAGUACAUAGUAUUUAUUAUUUUUCAGAAGUAUUUAUUAAUUAUAUAACCCGCAAACUAAAAGGUUUACAGCUUUUUCAUUAUCUGACUUAAAUGACCCUGGCUUUUACAGAAUCAAGAAGAAAUAUAUGCCACGCUCACAAACGAUCAAAAACUCUACUGUUACGAGGUUAAAGUGAAAAAAACAACCAUCAAGAACUAAAUUUUCAUCUCAGUUUCGUUACGACGAAAGAAACAAAAAUUACAAAGAAAUUAAUUCUCUAGCAGUCCAGCAAUACUGACGCAAGCCAGAAGACCUGGCUGCUCUGUGUUUUGGUUUCCUCGCAUCGAUACUAGCUGAUACUAGCUGAUACUAGCGGUGUAGAAUUAUUGCAGACGACCUCAGUUAAGUUUAAAAAGUACACUGGAUGCUUAGAUAGGAGAUUACUCAAAUUGUUAUCACGUUCAUAGCCUGCGUAGCAGGCAGGUUUUUUUUGGUGUGUACUUCGUGUUUCGUUAAGUAAGAGGUCAAAAGAGGAAAUGAUGGGGAACUAGGGGAGAGAGAAAGAAGACAGAGAUAAUUUUUUUCCGUCUUCUUUCCCUCGACGUUUACCUUCCCCCAUCGUUUUCUGGUUUGACCUCGGCUCAGCUUUCUCGCGGCAGUAUCCCUUACAUUACGAAACACAAAACUCCGCCACCUACGCAGGCUAAUGUUUCACAGAAGCGAAUGAUUCUGGUAAGGUCCUCUUUGACAAAAAAUAGCGAAGGAAAGCUGGAUCUUGUUGAAGAUCAGGAUACGUAACACUUUGUAGCCUCUGAUGUGGAAGACUUUCGUCUAGUCGAAAUAUUAGGCAAAUAAAUUACCAACCCUUAGCUGAUGUCCAAUCAGCCUUGUCUUCAAUUUUUAAUGUUUCAAAACCUUAUCUGAUCCUAUUACGCCUGCAGUGGUGCAUCAAAGGAGCAUGUGUUGAUGACGGGACCUCAAAGAUCAAUGGAGGAUGGAGUGCCUGGCGCAAAAAGUAUGAAAUAUGUACAAGAACAUGUGGGGGAGGUAUACAGUGGAAAACGCGAACCUGCACUAAUCCAAGGUACAAACUCAUGCAACCUUCCUUCCACACAUACCCCUAGGACGAGUUCCGAAAUUCCCGUGAAUAUUACUCCUAGUUUAUCCGUUUAUUCUCCGGGACGUAACACAAUCUAAGUCUACCGUUGGUUCAAGACGGAAUUGUGCUGACGCCUCGUAUUUUGGGUGAACUAUUAUCUUGAGCUAACAGCACUAAACAUGAUUAUAACAGGCUUUUAAGAUAGCUAAGAGCUAAUGAGUCUUAAAGAAAUAACGGUUAAUUGCCAUCUAAGAUUUUAUUCAGAAUAUGAUUCUAUAAGGGGACGGAAAAAGACCGUUGAGCGUUUUAGUUCUGCUCUUACAACCCUUAAAUGGUUAAAUACCGCUUCGACUUGACCAUCGAACAUAAGCAACUGCGCUUUGUGAAAAAACGGUUAACUCUCAUUUUGCCAUUAAAUUUAAGAGUUAUUAAUUUUCUUCUCACGAUUAUAUUAUUCUAAGGUCAGGGUGCCUCUCAUAAUAUUAUAACUAUCAUGUGCAUCCUGUAUCGUGGCAGGAUUCAAACGCUGAAAUCAUCUCUGGCUGGUACUUGUAGCAUGAUUAAAGUACAAACAGCGACUUGUCUCAGUGAUAUUCUGUUAAGUAUUUAUUUAAUCUUUCAUUUUAUUUAUUCAUCUGAAGCCCCCGAAACGGCGGCGAAAAUUGUGAAGGAGACUCCAUAGGCUUAUACAGAAUUUGCAAUACAAGGGUAAGUAUUAAACCCCAUUUACACGGGCUCAAAAAUCGGCACGGCACCCCAACGUUUUGGCACCGUGCUGACGAUUUUGAGGCACGGCACCGCAAUUUUCGACGUGUAAACGUAUCGGUCCCAAAUGCAAUGUGGCACCAGUGCUCAAAAUUUUAGGGGUGCCGAGACUACCUCCCGAAGGUAGUCUCGUCACGGGUAAACGAGGCACGGUGCCAAAUAUGUGGCGUGCCGUGCCGAUUUUUUAGCACUUAUAAAUGGGGUUUUAAAGGCAGUUUUACGGGGGAAUUAUUCAUCAUUAGUUUAUCCAAAUCCCAACCCCAUAAGUUGCGCAAAAAAUAUAAUAUAUCUUUUUUAAUUGAGUUCAAUCAAAGGAUGGCCAUAAGCGAGAGAAGCAGCCGAAGGUUAACCUUGUUGGAAUAAUUUAUUAAUAUCAAACAAUGAUAUUUUUAUGCCCAGAUUACUCCAAGUCCAUAGAUCAGUAACGAUCAAAACAUGAAAAUAAAUUUCAAAUUUUUCAUUUUUCAGCCUUGUCCGGCUGACUCCGAAGAAUACCGAGUAACACAAUGCAAAGUGUUUGAUCCUUCAUACACACAAAUCUGGUAUAUUGGAGGAAACUGUAAGUACAUACGGAAAUCUGUUAUGCAGAUUUAUCACCUUUUAAACAGUCUGCGAGUAAAAUCUGGAUUUCUCCUUUAUAUACAUUUGCCACGACCGACGAAGCUGAUAUUUCGAAAUUUUAAUCUGAAAAUGGAUUGGCAUUUUUUUUUUCCUUUUCAAAGUUCUAGAGUGCUUCAUCACCUCUAAUAUCUUACUCUUCAAAGGGAAUAACGUGCGGCAGUAGAUGGAGGUCCAUUUUGUUUAGCUUUCCAGUUAAUCUCCAUCUUGGGGAUUACGAGAUUAAAUAGCGAUGACGUAAUGACAGUUUCGUAAAGGAAAAAAUAAUCCCGAGCGUUUUGUUUAAAGGGAACCUCCACUUCAGCAAAAAGAUAACUUUAAAUCACAGGAAAUAACUGUUACAGUCAAGUCAAUCUUAAAUAUUUUUAAAGAAAGCGUUUGUAUCCGAAAGAAAUAACUUUUAGAUUCGCCUAUUUUCGUUUUCAAAUUUUGCGGGCGUCGCCAUCUUGAAUAAUUGUGAAGUGUUACGGUUGCUCUAUUGUGAAACAAAAGCUCUUUGUGUCAGAACAAUAGAGCAACCGUAACACGUCACAAUUAUUCAAGAUGGCGGCGCCUGCGAAAUUUGAAAGUGAAAAUAAGCGAUAUUAAAAUUCACUUUUCCUGAUAUAAACACUUUUUUUAAGGACAAAUUUCGAACAAAAUUGUUUAUCAACAUAAUUUUAUUCGAUUUAAUCUUAUUCUGUAGUAAGAGUGGAGGUUCCCUUUAAAUUUAAAAACAACGAAAAUAAAACUUUUAGAAACUGUUGAAGGCUUUCAAAUUCCAAACCGUCCGAAACAUUUAAAUGAAGAUAAGCCAUUGUUUAACCUUUCAACUAAGAAUUUUUCUUCAUCCCUUUUUUGGGUUUCCAGUUCUCUAAUUUUCCUUUAUAAAUUCUUGGUGAUUUUUCUAGCUGCGUGCAACUUAUAUUGUCGAAAAGGAUUUACUUAUCGCCCCAAAGGAAUCGUUAAGGACGGAACAAAAUGCCAACCGGAUUUAUCACCAAGUAACAGGGAUAUUUGUCUUGGUGGCAAGUGCAUGGUAGGUUAUUAUUACAAUUAUCAUCAUCAUCAUCAUCAUCAUCAUCAUCACCAUCAUCAGUCUCCCAGUUACAGUUUUUAAAGAUGUUAAUUUUCCUUGAACAACAAUUUAUUACUUAUUUUCUGGACCCAUACCAACAGCUUCAACUUUAAGGACCUUUCUCAAAACGAAAGUGCAUACUUUUGCAAAGUUGUGGCAAGUCGAGUUCUUCAAGGUCUUGAUAUUUUUCCUCUUUCUCUCUCUAAUUAUAAAAAGCAUCAUAAUUCCUUAUUAUUAUCAUUAUGUUAGUUAUGGUUAUUAUCAUUAUCAUUAACAAUGUUAGUUAUUUUUGUCGUUUUUGUUGUUGUUGUUGAAAUUGCAUUGCACGCAGCUGAUGACUUUGGGGCUGGUUUCUUCAUUGGCCCCCUAAUAACAACAACUAGCCAAGGAUCAUCUCCUGUUUGCCUUUCCUUUCCACUCCUGACCCAACGCUCUCUUCAAUCAAUCACUGCAUUCUCUUUUCUACUGCCAAGAACAGUGAUGCCUUUGGAACUUCCUGACUUCGAACGAUCUGUAUUAGAUAGUUUAAGCUUCACGUAUACGGCAGACGGCAAAGGGCAAAAGUCAGAUUCAAGUUGAGAAUUUCUCAAAAUAGAAAAUGAGCAGAUAAAAACAGCUCAAAACAAUUCUUAUGGAUAAAAAAUUGCCCGAGACUACUAAUUUAGGUGUAGAAAUAAUGAACAGUAAACGACAAGUAAAGAGGAAAAUUGGUCAUGUAGUACAAGUUCGCGCCGGUUUGCCGUUUGACCUAAACGUGAUGCUUAACCUCUCCAUUCUCGACUUUCUCCUUUUUUGUAGUCUGUAGGUUGCGAUUAUAAAAUCGGCUCUGGUACAGCUCAUGAUCGUUGUGGAGUUUGCAAUGGAGACAGUACGACAUGCACUCCUGUUACAGUGACCUUCACAGAAGACUGGAAAGAGAGGGGUGAAUAAAUUAUUAAAUUUUAAUGGUUUCAACCUAGAGUCGAAAAAGGGUCCCUUUCCUAUCCUAAUGUGGAUAAGACUAGUAACUGCCAACAAAGUACUGUUUCUUUUUUAUUUUCCACCAAAAGAUGAGAACGUUGCCUCGAUCUUUACUCGUUAAGCUCUGCCUGAGGGUUCUUGAAACGAUGCGUGAGGUAACAGCCCAAAACAUGAUGGGACGGGGUGUUCUACCUAUUCCUCUGAUUUGCAGACAAAAAAGCACACAGGACAGUGUUCGAAGAAAGAUGCAGCCGCUCUUGUUUGAUUUUGUUGUAGUUGUUUUAAUUGUCCUCGAAGUGUUUGGAUAUCAGAUGAAACAGCUUUCCGAGUUGUUUUAUAUGCUCUCAACCGAUUUUCUUGUUAAAGAAUUUUAAACCACGAUAUCGUUCGAAAAACUCAGGUACAAUAAAGGAUCAAACUGAGUGCAUUUGUAUCAAAGACAAAUUCUGAAGACCUAAGUCAAGAUGGUUUUAUCUGCCGAAACCAGUUAAAAAUGCAGCGUGUUUUACCUAUAAUUAGAGGAAAAAAGGAAUUAUCUCUGAAAUGAUCAAAGUGGUUAUCUGUUACUAACAAAGCGAAUUGCUGCUUUCCCACAGGACCUGAAAAUGCCAAAGUUAUGCUUGUUGUGCCAAGGAAAUCAAAACAAAUAAAGGUGUUAGAAAAUGUGGGCGACAGAAACAGCAUUGGUAAGAAAUAAAUCAUCAAGAUUGUUCCUAAGAGCAGCGAGGAAAGAUGUUGAAAGUGUUUCUCCCAAAUUGUGAAAAGAGCUUAUCAGUCUGUCUUGCUCACGAGAUGACCUUAGGCUUCUGGGAACAAGGCAACGAUCAGAAAGUGAUGACACUGGGACCAGGGUGAAAAUUAGGCUCCAUAGUAUUAUGGGUAGGGUGACCUUUUCCUUCCUCUUAUCGGAAUAGGGGGAGUAUCUGACACAUCAGGAAUGUCCCAACUGUCUUUGCCCAGUCAAAUUGUCCUUCAGUUAUUUCAUUUGAAUUCCUUCUUUAACCCUUCAGUGGAUUUCAAAAAUUCAAAUGCUGCUGCGGUUAAUAUUUGUUUCUGUAAAUAUGUGAAUUUAUAAUUUUGUGCCACAAGUAAUCCAAGUUUACUUAUGCAGGCUUGCAAACCACGAAAGGAGUUUACCUCGUUAAGCCGGGUGAUUUUGGGAAGAAAUCAGUAGCUGGCAGCGAGAUCAAUUACGGAAGGGAUAGAUCGCGAAGAGAGUUCAUGCACAUACCAGGACCAAUUAAACAGGGUCUCAAAUUUGUGGUAAGAAAACAAGAGUUAAGCUAGAGUUAAUUUCAAUAUCAUGUAACUCAUUGUCCCUAAACGGCAGUCUUUUUACGUGGUGAUAAAGAUAGGACAUAGUGAAGUCGCCAUCCAGCAAGGAAUGGUUUGACACUACGGUUUGUAAUCCCCUGGCGCUUUUUAAUUCUUAGUUCGUAUCCAAUGGUCCAACAAACCGAGGUGUUGUGAUCAGUUACCUCAAGGCCAAAAAAUCACUUGUUAGUCCAAAUGACGUGCAGUGGUAUGUCGAGACGAAGGAGUGGUCCAAGUGUUCAGAAAGCUGUGCAGGAGGUACGGUUCCAAAAUUUAGGUCUAUACUUCAGAAAAAAAGGCCUUUAGAUUCGAGGACGAGAACGACUACGACUGCGAGAUUUGAUUUAAAGUUUUUUCGCGUAUUGUCAAAAAUAGACACCCCGGAACUCUUUAUUGUACUUUUUUUUACUAAAAAAGUUAGCGAUGUUAUCGGUUUUGAAGGAGGUUAAGACCUUUCCAGAUUGCAAAAUGCUAAGACUUCAAACAUUUGAUAACUUGUUCCCGCCAGUACGACAUUCUCGCUAAAACCCGUAGGAGAAUGAUGACGGCUACCACGUUUUCCGGCCAAAAUGACGCUGAUUCACGCGUGAGUACCACUCAGUAUUGAAAAAAUCUCGUACUUGUAGUCGUUCUCGUCUCAGAAUCUAAAGGUCUCUACUAGAAGAAAAUUGGGCCGAGUUAACUUUUGCAAAGAUUUCUGGGACUGUUACAGGGGACGGGGGGGGAAUUGGCUGGGCAGCGCGUCCCCCGAUAACGAUCCCAUAAGUCUUUGCGAAAGCCACCUCAGCAGCUAGUUUUUAAUCCUUCUAGUUUCUAAAGUGGCGAAGCGUUGUUGGUUCACUUGCUCAAAGAGCAAAUCUAUCACCUUAAAUCUUAACAGUGCAACUAUUCAUCACAGAAUACAUUCAGGUAUACGAAGAUUUCACUAUAAUCGACCUUUUUUUACCUUUUUGAGUAAAAUCCUCUUUACAUUAUUUAGUGCAGGAAAGGCCCCAUUCGAUACGCGUUACCAGAUGAGUUUUAAGGAGUGUGCCUGGCUUAACCAAUGAAUUAUUCACCACCCUAAGACUGAGUGAGCGCUUUGUCGCACACGUCAUAUACAUAAAAUAUUCUUGCUUAUCUGGUUGCUGAUUUUUGCUUAUGCUCCAAAGGUAUUCAAAGAAGAACAGUAAAAUGUAAACGAAAAGACGAUGGUUCAAUAGUUGCAGAUGCUGUAUGCAAGAAGGGAAGCGCUGUAAAGCCAGAAGAUGAGAAGCCAUGUAAUACUCAGCCAUGUCCACCAGAGUAUGUGACGAAUACACCUACUGAGAAUGGCCUCGACCUUCAAGUUUUUUAAAGCUUCUUGUAGCAACAUAUGAGGAAAUGAACCCUCAACAAGAGUACCAGUCAUUGCCAUAUGCAUAUGCAAACGAGUUAAAAAGUAGAAUAUAAAUUGCUUGAUAGGUAAAACUAAGACAUGCAGAUUAAAAGACCCUUACUCUUUUGAUACUGCUGGAAAGAGCGCCUUAAAAUUCCCCCCCAUGCACGUUAUAAACGUCUGUAAAAUUCGGUGACUGUGCGGAGCUUUAUCUUCGUUAUACUUUUUGAUAAAUCACGUUCUAACUUGGAAUUUUCGCCUAUGUUAAGGCGUUUCUGUUAGACUUGUUGGGGGAUUUUCGCGAAUUGGUCCCAGUCAAAAGUUAGGAAAAAACCUAAUAGUCUAUCAUGCGACAUACGAAACAAUGAGAAGAGUGAUACGUCAUCACGAACAAACACAGAGUUAGUGUUUUUCGUUUGAGGGCACAAAUCCUUUGAUCUAUCUGUAUUCUAUAUUUGCCAAUGGCUUGACAGAGCUGUCUUACGCAACUAAAUUUUAGCACCCAUCUUUUCUUUUCACUUUAAGUUGCUCUUGCUUACUGAAUACUCUUUUGUAAACAUAGAUGGCACAUAACUAGCUGGAGUUCGUGUUCAACGACGUGCGGUCAUGGUGUUGUAACAAGACAAGUGUCUUGCAAAAAGAAAGUCAAGAACCCUGGUAAAUACGAACCAGCCUCAGGCUGCCCGGGAUCAAAGCCCACACUGCUUCAAAAACCCUGCUUCGCUGUACCAUGUCCACCUGAAUGGGUCCCUGGUCCGUGGGCAAAGGUAACAAUCAGUUUAUAACAUCGAUCUAUUACCGCGGUAGGUUUAGCUCAGUCGGUAGAGCGUUUGACUUCAGAGCGGGAGGUCGCGGGUUCGAUUCCCAGGGCCGGACCAAUACUCAGGGUCUUAAACUAACUGAGAAAUAACGGGACUCCCUUCGCACGGCAAGCAGCUAGACUUUCGGGUGGCUUGGAUGACCAUGGCAGUACCGUCUCCAGUUGGAGAAGUAAAAAUAGUGUCCCCAAUUACUGACGCUCAAAUAGAGUGCUUUAUGUUUUCAAUCUCAAUCGAUUAGGAUAGACUGGUUUUCGUUUGAACAAAGCGAACAAAAUCAAAACAGCAAAAGAAAAAGAAUAUCAAAAUUUGACGGGUUUUGUCGAACAGACAGAAACAAAGCAUACGUGGCUUUUGGUUGGUUAAGCUAACAAGUAACGUGUAUUCCCAGCAGAAGAAAGAUCGCAGAAAAGUGGCUGAAAUUCAAUGAGAUCUUAAUUUCUGUCCCAGUAUUAGUAUUCGCUACUUGUUAUAUCAGCCAUUAGAUGGAACUCAAAGGCUGCCGUUUUCCCGGCAAAGAAAAAAUCCAAAAGAAAGAAUAAAGCAUAAUUCCAUUGUCCAACCGGGAGUCCAGUUUCUCUCCCCCAAGCACGUUGUGGAAAAGAUACUUAAACCCAGAGAGAAUAACGGGACUGAGAGAGAAACGCCCAGUCUAGCCCUUGGGAUCUGUCAAUUUCACCUAAGUUAUUUUUAGACAGAUAAAUCGGAACUUGGUUUCCGGAAAGGUCCGCAAACGUCUAUUCAUGUGUUUUCAAGAAAGAAUAAUAAUCAAUAAUAAUCUUUAUUACGCUUGGUCAAUGUACAUGGUUAAUAUCACACUCUAGGAAAUUUAAUUACGGUACAAGAUAUAUUAAAUGUAAGAAGAAUAAUGUGCAAGCUUGGAAGCUAAAUGAACCAGCUGAUUUUCUUGUUAGCUCCCUGAACAAUUUAGGUUUUAGGUAGCAGGUAAAAUCAAAGGAAAUACAACGAGAAAAGAAAAGAAAAGAACAGAAAAACAGGAGCAAGCCCCUACUUUAAAAGAUUUUUUACCUGCUCGAAAGUAAUACUUGCAGCCAUCGCGAGCAAUUUUAGCGUCUAUGGUGAUACGGCUUGAAAACGUGACCGUCCACCCUGACGACGUAUGCUUAUUCAAUAUUGGGACAUCGUGCUCUCUUGGUAUGUCACCAUUGCAAAAUUCUGCAUUGUUUGCUUUCAGCCAGACGCGUGUACGACUUUAUUUAUGACGUUUCAAACAUUUGGCUUAAUUGUGUGAACGUACAAUGAAUUAGAUUUCUGCUUAAUUACAAUCCCUAAAAAUAAAUAAAGUCAAAUUCACGUAUCCCGGCCAACGCCCUAAGAUUCAUUCUCUGUCAUAUUAUUCUCUCUUGUUAUAAUUAUCAGCCUGGAAAAAUCAGUCCGGAUCCUGGCAGAACACUACUCUUCCUUUCAGGCCAUGAAAGUUUGCGUUAAUUCAUUCACUCAUAACUUGUUUGCUCCCGCCCAAAGUAACGCACGCACAUGACAUCAUGGCUUGUAGGCUAUAUAUUAAUCAUCAGAUCCUAUUUUGCAGUGUACGAAGACCUGUAAGGGAGGUGUGCUAAAACGCACGCUAACCUGUCAAAAGCCACAUGGUGAUGGCAAGUUCAUCCCCGUGCCCUCCGUUUUCUGUAAGGGAGCUGUAAGGCCACCAGUGACUGAACCGUGCAAUACUGAUGUCCUCUGCAAACGUAAGAAUAUACUUAACAACAAUAAUAAUAAUUCAUUAUUAUUAUUUACUCUACGCAUCAAACACAUUUCUAUUGCUUUGGGAACGGGGAUUUUAGUUUUCCCUCAUUUUUAUAAGAUUUUGUAUAUUUCAUGUAAUGGUACUUUCAUUCUAUCUCUCAAACUUUGUUAGUGUUUAGCCUUUCCCUUGCGUUUCUCCUUCUAGCGAUUGUCACCAAAUAACGCUCCGUCCUUGCUAAAACGCAUUACAUUGUUAUGCUUUUUGAUCCUUCCACAUGCGCCCAGUGUCCACGUCAGCUUCUAAUCCAGGCCAUCGCUAUAUUAUUACGGUUGUAAAAUGACAGCUUUAGUUACAAGAGUACAGUUGUGUAAUUUUUCCUUUUUGGUCUCGCUUCAGUAUUAGGAUAAAGUCGCGCCCGGGGGUCCAUGAUAAUUCAGUCCUUCAAUCGCAACAUGAUUUGAUAAUUCAGGGUUAUGCUUAUGCGGUGUACCAGUAUAAGACCCUGACGGUUGGCGAUGUGACUUGGGUACGGUAGUCUAAUCAAAUAGUUAUAAGGCCUUUGACAACACUAAAUACAGUAACGUUAAAUAACAGCUUCUGAUAGAUAAAACUUUUCAUACUGAUUUAAACUUUUAUUUUUUUUUUAAUAAACACUUUAUGUUUAAAUCUUGGAGAAUAACGUGAUCACAGUUUGCUGAAUAUAGGUCGAAGACGCAAAAGAAGACGAGAAUCGGCUAAAAACAAAAGGGUGAUCCGGUGGUUGGACUAGCUACUGAGAUGUUCUUGGCUACAACAAAUGAAAGGAGUGAAUCACGACAUAUUAGUAACUGAAUAAUUAGCUAGAAAUUGGACAGUUAACGGACUUUGUUGUAAUUUUUAAAACAUGAUGUUGAAAUGUUUGCAAUAAUAUUAACUUACACUAGAUUUUAUUCGUUUUGUGAUUCUUAACCCUAUUAAUUGAGCGUUGACAUUAAUCAGUAUCUGAUUUCUUAACACACUUUCACUGCUAAUUUGGCAUAAAGGUAAAGAGAGUAAUGAAAUCGUUAACUAAAAUAUAGGUGAAGACAGUGUAAGGAAUGUUGACAUGGCGAGACAAAGGGAUAGAAUCAGAAACCACAUUUUUCCUUUUUUUCCCGUGUAAUAUCUAUUGAAAGAAGACGCAUCAAAAAAUUUAAACCUACAUUUGAGAACCAGGGCCCAACUCCUUGAAACCUAACUAGUUAAUAUUAAAAUGCUAUACUGUUUUAGCCAUAAUUAGGGUUUAUCUUACCAAAGGCUCAACUCAAAAGUUACUAGACGAGACAUUUUUUUUGGCUUAAUCCUGCAUUAAAGUUAACACCUUUCGAACUACACGGUCUAAAGUGAAACUCUGUAUGGGCGUUUUCUAUCAUGAAGGGCGGUGUUUCAACGUAAACGUUCCUUGCAUAUCAAGAAAUGUUUAUCGUGGUAGCACUAUUAGCGAGCUCGAAAAGCCACGACGACGACGAAGGACUUACGAAAACGAGAAAAGCAAGAGAACAAUAGGUUUGAUAAGCCGAAAAGGUCUGAACGUGUAUUACACUUUUUGGUAUUUCUUUGCUAACAUCUCCGGAACAAAGUUAAUCAGGACGGCAUCGUGCGGAUGGUCUCUUUAAUCUCUAAGAUCGUCGUUUGGUUAGUAGCGAUCAUCGCCACCGUUCGGAUUUUUUCGGAAAUGCUCUUACAGAGUCUGUAAAGUGCUAAACAGUUUUUCUGUUAACCACUUUCAACUGAAUCACUUCUAUGUAAUAAAAGGAAACAAACAUUAACGAAUUAAAAGUGCUAAAAUUAAUAGUUACUAACUAGACUUAUUUUAUCAAAGUAAACGUGAUUUAUUUCAUAACUUUCUGUUACUGUCUAGUAUGUUUUACUCAGCAUUGUUCUAGCUACUGAAUCAAGUUGUUACUAAGUCAAGUUUCCCUUCUUUGAAAUUUAAUGGUUGAUCAUAAAUAUUAUAAAGCCUAUAUCUUUAUUAAUACUUAUCGUCUUUAAUUGCCUAAAAUGAAAGAAAAUAAAAAUAAUUGAAACAUUUAUCUGUCACUCACUUAGGUCUGUUAAAGUAAAGUCGGUUAACCGCCCAAAGGGUCCCUUGUAGGGAAAAUAUAUUAUCUUAAACAAACUAAUCAAUACUGAAAUAGGUUUUUCUAAAAGAAAAUAACUCAACCAAUAUCCCUUUACAACAACUCAAUCGAUGUGUGAGUUAAAAAUGAGAGAAAACAAAUGGUGAGGGCUAUGCACCUGAGAUCUCUCUCGAAACAGGCUCAAAAUAAGUCUAACAAAAAAAUAUUAUUUCAAAAAAUAAAUGGAAACAUAUUUUCCACUAUUACUAUCUUUCAUAUCACGUCAUCAGUGGUUUCUGGUCACAGACUAUUACUAUUACAGUUGAAUUUUAAAUUGUGAGGGAAAAACAUCCCAAAAAAUCACUGCCUGUUUCAUAAAACAGAUAUCCGCAUUGAUAAAAGUAUACCAAAGACUAAAAUUUGAUAAUCUUAAGUUUACAGUUCUUCUCUCUUACUACAGUACCUUGUGUCUUUCUCUCCGCCAAUCAGAAGUCAUUCUAAACCCAUCGUGACCUACCGCGCUCAAUAGUAAAUAAUAAAUAAAAUAAAUAAUUAUUAAUGAUUUGGAAGAAGCACAUCCACAAACUGGUUCUUUGUCUACCUGACUGCGGGUCGAAGUGGAAUUUGGAAAUGAUGGUUUUUGAGGAGAGGGGAAAACCGGAGUACCCGGAGAAAAACCUUUCGGAGCAUAGGAGAGAACCAACAACAAACUCAACCCACAUGUGGCGUCGACACCGGAAUUUGAACCAGGGCCACAUUGUUGGGAGGCCAGCGCUCUCUCCGCUGCGCUACCCCUUGCUCCCCAAAGUAGUACCACAAGAUAGGGGUUAUUUGAAUUUGCCAUCUGUCUUUUAUGUGAUUGGCUAGAAUAAUUACUUUAGUUCAAUUCUACAUAAACAGUGGACGGUGGUUACUCCAACUGGACACCCUACAGUGUUUGCUCAAGAACGUGUGACGUGGGAUUCCAAUUUCGAACGAGAGUGUGUAACAAUCCUGCACCAGCUAAUGGAGGAAAGGACUGCACCGGCCUGGGACCAAGAUUUCAAACCAGAUUGUGCAAUACUCAGAGCUGUUUGGGUAAUCAUUUAGUACAUAGUUAGACAAGACUAAAAGCGGAGCUUCGGGAAAAUAGUUGACAUUCAACAGACUUUCAACCAAUAAAUUCAAAAUAAUUACCUCGGACAAAAAAUUAACUUGAACCCACGCUCCAAUGAAAAAGUUGGCAACUUGAAAACCCAAGGAAAUUAUUUGUGUAGUGUAUCUGAGCCCACGAUACGGUCAUUUAACACAUAUCAAGCGGAUGCUCUAAUUUGCCGGCUUGCUGUUAUUAUUGACAUGGACGGUGUGUAAUGUUGUGGUUCAAUUUUAUUCUUGGUUCAGAUUUUAUUUCCCAUUCUUUUGAACUCAUUAUCAUACAUUAGCACACCGAAAAAGAGAGGAACAGAAAAUUUAACCCAUAAGAGAAAGAUAAAAGUAGUUUUGCAUUCUCUUUUAAAUAUUGUUGCUUUCAGGAAUGUUUGUUUAAGUACAGCAUUACCAUGUAGUUCUUUUACCGUAUCUCUCACGGCAGCGUACCAAACACCCCCAUAAGACAGACACUUCCCUAAAACGCAAAAGCUGUUCUUUGGCGUUUUUCACUACACUCACUAUUCUAGCAUCGCUAAAACUUUCCAGCAAUCAAAAAGCGAUUAUAAUUGGUCACUUAGUUUAGGACUGAAUGGUGAAAAAUGUAUGGCUUUUUUCUAGCUCUUGGUACGAUUUUUAAUAUGCCCUUUAAAUUUUGUUUCAGUGCGGAAGAAAUACCGAUCGUUAGGCUGCUACAGAGAAAGUCCUCGGAGACGUCUUCUACCAGUUUUAGAGAAAAAUUUUCGUUCAAGUAUGAAAUGGACCGCGAUAGAUGAAUUAGUUGAAGACUGCUAUGAGAUAGUAAAAAACACCCACUACAAAGUCUUUGGAUUCAAAUUCUAUGGCGAGUGUUGGGUUGGAGAGAGGCCUGAGCCACAAUACAAAACAAGUAUGGAUAGGUGCUUCUUACAUGUAGUAGGAAAAGCCCAUAGCUACUACGUGUAUGAAGUUGUAUAGAGGUAUGAAAUAUGUUUGCCACCUUUUAAACUUUACUUAGACGGUUGGUGUUCAGUUAUAGAUCCGUAUAAAGCGUGUCUAGGUUAGUUUCAAAGUGCAAAAUGUUUUAUUCUUUUCUUUUUCCUUUUGUAAACAAAAAAGCACUGGUGCGAAGAAUAAUAAAGCCUAUAGUUUGUACCAUAAUAUGAUUGAGACGUCCCCGGC